CGUUGUGCGCAUGCUCACACACAGAGGAAGAGACUCUCGUCCCACGGAAGAUUAAAGCUCUCUACAAAGCUCUUAGGAGCUCAUCACCACCAGUAAAGCUGUAUAAGCACCGGGUUGACGGGGCCGGAGGAAGCAGCGCGUUGUACGUGGAGCUGCCAGCUGAAAUCGCCAUGAGUUACAAACCCAUCGCACCAGCUCCAUCCGGCUCCAACCACACCCCACCAGGUUCUUCGGUGCCUUCCCCGUCUCUUCCCUCGUCAUCCAACUUUAGGCCAGCUUUCAGUGACUUUGGCCCGCCCUCUAUGGGCUUCGUUCAGCCUGUCAAAGUGUCCCAAGGAUCCACUUACAGCGAGCUUCUGUCCGUCAUCGAGGAGAUGAGCCGCGAGAUCAGGCCGACGUACGCCGGGAGCAAGAGCGCGAUGGAGAGGCUAAAGAGAGGUAUAAUCCAUGCCCGUGCACUGGUCAGGGAAUGUCUUGCAGAAACGGAGAGAAGCGCCCGCACAUAACCUCGAAGCAUCCCUUCACCUCUCCUUGUAGAAACCUGCCCUCGACAUCGUCAUCAUCCCUCGUUGGAUAUUUUACAACCAGUCUUCAUCCUCCAACUUUCUGCUUACUUUGUUGGCUUUUAUAGGUAUAUAUGUUUUCCUGUGUUUAUUGUUCACGGCUUUUUCCUAAACUUACAUUGCUGAUGUCAAAUUUUCUCCAACAUAUGGAGCAGAUGCAAAAAAAAGAAUCUAUUUAAGGAGUGUGUGGAAAACUAAUGUGAACACACAAAGUUUAUUUUGUUCAGUAACGGCAGUUGACUUUGAAAGUUGGCAUUUUUGUCAAUUAAGUCAUUGAUUGCGCUGGACCUCUUAUUUAUAUUUUGUUAAUCAUUCUGCAGCCACUGAAUGUUCCCUCUUGAUUUAAAUCUUUUCAAGAUGCACCUUUUUCUUUAGUUCACCCUUGCUGUGUUGACAUUUUGCAGAGUAAGCACACAUUUAGAUUCCUGUACAUCAAGUCAGUUUGUUACUCUGGAAAUUUUGUAAAUCAGAUUUUUGCAGUUCAGUAUGUUUAUCUUGAUUAAAUAACAGAAAACAAAAAAAAAAGAAAAAAGGAAUGAGUUUUUUUUCCCCCUAUAACUUCUGAGGACAAAGAGGCUAGCCACAUUUUGAUAAAAUGUUUCUAAUUAAGCCUCAAUUUUUUUUUUUUUAUUAUUAUUGCCAAAUAAAACUGUACACACCAA